AUGGCCAAAGGUAGUGAAGAUCUUCGAAUAAACCUCCAAAACGAACAAAGGAUACUAACCGGGGACGGAAGGCAGUCAGGAAAGCCCCUCCGACCCUCAACUCAGACGGAGAUUGAAUCUAAAAAGAAACUCUCAGUUUCAAAAUUCUCAUCAUUUUUUACAAAAUCCAAAUCAGGAGAUCUUGGGUCUAAACUUGUGGGUACUCUAUUUGGGUAUAGACGUGGGCAUGUUCAUAUUGCAUUUCAACAAAACCCUAAAACUACACCUGCUUUUUUGAUUGAGCUUUCUACUCCUACUAGUGUUCUUGUUAGAGAAAUGGCUUCUGGGUUAGUAAGGGUUGCAUUGGAAUGUGAUAAAAAGUGGGAUAAAAAAGGGAUGAAAUUGUUGGAAGAGCCUCUUUGGAGGGCUUAUUGUAAUGGGAAAAAGUGUGGGUAUGCUUUGUGCCGGGAUUGUGGGCCCCAUGAGUGGCGGGUGUUACAAUCUUUGGGGCCCAUUACGAUGGGGGCGGGUGUUUUGCCCGGCGGAGCCGACGAUGGUAAUGGUGUUCAGUUUGAGGGGGAGUUGAUGUAUAUGAGAGCUAAAUUUGAGAGGAUUGUCGGAUCUGAAGAUUCGGAAGCGUUUUAA